AUGUUAACACUGUUAACUGCUCAAGAUUUGGUCGAAAUGAAAAUCACUUCUGCUCUUCAUCAUGCGACAAUUGCCCGUGGUGUACAAUUCCUGCGAUCAGUUGAUUUUCAUCCAAAUCGUUUGGAAAAAAGAUUUAAUCCAGACUUGAUCCACAAGGGAGCAUGUCCGAGUGAAGUAGAACGAUGGUCACAUCACUGCGUAUGUGAAUGGCUAAAAGCAAUUGAUUUAGCUGAAUUUACACCUAAUCUUUUAUGCGCCGGAAUCCAUGGUGCAUUAAUGGUGCAUGAACCAACUUUCACUGCAGAAACAUUAGCUGAAGUACUACAAAUGCCUACUCACAAAACUCUUCUCCGACGUCACCUGGCAACUCACUUCAAUCAAUUAUUAGGUCAAGAUGUGAUUAGUCAUAAGCGAGCUGUGCUUGCACAACCACUCGUUGUCCAAAUGUCGCCCUUAUUAAAAAUUAAGCUACUUAAGAAAGGUUUCCUUCUAUCACGUAAGAAAGGAAAAAAUGAGGUGUACGUUGAGCCAGACGAACCAGUCUGUCCACCUACUGAUUCAAAGUCCAUCCAUAAAAAACAGAUUGCGGACAGUAUUCUGGACUCGCUUGAAUCAUCAAACGUAUAA